AAGACAAUUCGUGCAACACCAAUCGCAAUAUUCCGACCCGCGAGACUAAAUACCACUCCCACCUUUCUUGUCCGAGCGUUAGCAACCAUGGCGACUGAUCCAUCCAAGUACAAGCUAAACCACUCAAUGAUCCGGGUCAAGGAUCCCAAGCGAUCUGUCGAGUUCUACGAGUUUUUGGGCAUGAAGCAAAUCAAUCAAAUCAAGAUGCCUGAGGCCAAGUUCGAUUUGUAUUUCCUCGCAUACGACAGUCCCAAGGCAGUGUCACAUGGCAACCACUGGACUGACCGCGAGGGUAUCGUCGAGCUGACAUACAACUAUGGGACCGAAGACGACCCAAACUACAAGGUCAAUAACGGCAAUGCGGAACCGGGCAAGGGCUUUGGUCAUCUUUGCAUUUCCGUCGAUAACUUGCAGGCAGCGUGUCAGAGACUAGAAGAUGCCGGCUACAAGUUCCAAAAAAAGCUCACAGACGGUCGCAUGCGCCACAUUGCAUUCGUGUUGGACCCUGACGGCUACUGGGUUGAAGUGAUUGGCCAGAAACCAUUGGAAGAGACUGAGAGUGUAAAGGAGACGGACACCGGCUCGUACCGUAUGAACCACACCAUGAUCCGUGUCAAGGAUAAGGAGGCAUCGCUCAAAUUUUAUCAAGACGUCAUGGGCAUGAAACUCAAACGCACAUCCGAGAAUGCCAGCAACGGAUUCAACCUGUAUUUCUUAGGAUAUGGCGAUGACGCUUCAGAAGGAACAGCAAACGGGGUCAACCCGGUCGCCGAUCACGAAGGUUUGCUCGAACUCACUUGGAACUAUGGAACUGAAAAGGACGCAAACUUCAAGUAUCACAAUGGCAACGACGAGCCGCAAGGAUUUGGUCACAUCUGCAUCUCCGUCGACGAUCUGGCAUCUGCUUGUGCUCGUUUCGAGGAGAAGAAGGUUAACUGGAAGAAGAGGCUGACUGACGGUCGCAUGCAAGAUAUCGCCUUUGUGCUAGAUCCCGAUGGUUACUGGAUCGAGGUUGUGCAAAAUGAGAAGCUCAAGACACGUAGUAAUUGGUAAACGGGUGGCGCCUACUACCCGCACGUGGAGUACAGAGCUCGCGUAACGUUUGCUCAGCCUCCGAUAGCUGCAGAACCACUUCGAUUCCGGCUACCCGCACUGCGCGAAUUAUGCACCUCAUGUACCAUGACGAACGGAGGUUUUUGUUGCAAUACACCCUGACUGAGGUAGUUAAAGAAAUGUAAAAAGAAACACAUCUACCAGCCGUC